AUGUUAGGUUCUCAUUCCAUUGAAGAGGAGUCGUUUGGGAAAGCCGCGAUCGAAAGCCCCGGCACGGUUACAAGUUUGUUCCAGUCAGAGAUUAAGAGCACUGUAAGGAGUAAUGGACCACAAUUGAUUUCAGGACUUAAUAAAGUGGCCACGCUACCAGAGUCUUCACUCGACACUCCCACAAGAUCAGUAAUCAAGUUUAUGGAUACAUUGCUAACCAACUCCCCAGAGGACAAAUCACCGGAAGUAAAAACAACCAAUGCUGAGCAAAGCUCAAUUAUUGCAGACACAAACAGAAUACCUUGUCAAAGCUCUGUGCAGGAGAGCACCACAACCGCGAAUGGAGAGCCAAGAGAAACUAUUGUUGAAAGCAACGACGUGAAGGAUGAAGUGACAUCAUCUUGCCCCAAGGAAACAUUUGAUUCGGAUUCAGACUUGGAUCCCCGACUCAAGGAUAGUCAAGAGACUGUCGAGAGUAGUGACAACACCGACACGCUGAAAGAAGAAAAUGGACUCAGCUGGCAAGAGAGUACAGAGGAUGAAACCGAUUUGAGCCAACUCACUAAAGACAUUGUGACUGAUGUCAUCGCAAUGGAGAAGCUGGCAGAGCAAUCAGCUGAACAAUCCACACCCCUAUCAUCGGCAGAUAUGGAACAGUCAGAAUUGAGCGAGGAUAGCAAGGACUCCUCCAUUAGCGAACAAAGGGGAGAUGAAGCCUCUUUGGAAGGAGGCACAAUGCUGCACAAAAAUGAAAGUAAUUCUUCUGAAACCAAAUCAAAUUUCCCUUUGACUCGGAACGACAAUGCCUCUGGAAGCUGUCUAAGUGACCUUGUACCUCAGAGUUCCACACCACACAGGCAAUUAUAUGUCCCUGUGGUUGGAGUUGGAGAAACUGACAGUGACUCACCAACAGAGGGCGCCAUAUGUGGGAGUUCUGAGUUCAAAGAUGACCUCACACUUGAACAGAGUCCUGGAAUAGCUUUACAUGAAGACAAAUCCCAGGCCCAGUCACCAUCUGAAGUAUCAUCAAAUCAAACGACGGAAGGAGUUGAUAUGGCAUCACAUCUUGAACCUAUGAUUCCUUGUGGAAUUGACCGCGCUGACGUGAAUGUGCUUGAAACAUCUUCCGACAGUGCUUCCCAAGUUGCUGCACCUAAUGGUGAGAUAGAGUACAGCGAGUCAGGACAAGUUGCUGUGAUUGAAACUCCUGUUGUGAGCUCAUUGGUUAAUAAAGUCGGGGAAGCCUCAGAUACUGACCAAUCGGAACACAUGGAUGUGGAUGAUGACCUCCAACUUUCUGCACAGGAGGAAAAUAACUCCGCCUCCAAGAACACAUCACUAACUCCUGAGGUAGGUGUGAACGUUUCGUUCGAGGAACAGGUCCAUAGCCUUGAAGGACAUGUUCCAGAAGAGGUUGAGCUGCUUCUAAACUUGUCGAGUAGUACUUCUGAGGAAGUAGAAGCAGAUGGUCUCCUUGGUUCCGCCAAGGGCUCACUUGAAGAACCCAUUGGAGUCACGUCACCCUCUGAGGAAAGCCUCGAGGAGGAUUCAGCCAAGGAACCAGUAGCUUAUUCCCAUUCUUCGGACGAGGAAGUUGUUGAACCAGCUGCAAAGAAGAUCAAGUUGGGAGAUUCACCAACAAUGUUAACUGAAAAAACUCAAACCCAGGGAAGUUGUUGUCCUGAAAACCUGAGAAGUGCUUCUCCUCCAGUCUCUUUAGAACGACCAGAUCAGAAGGACGUCGAGAGAAAAGAAAGAAGUGUGCAAGAAGAACUGAGAGACGAAGUUGAUGUUAAUGUCAGCGAGAAUCAAUUUAAGGUCGACAACUCAUCAGAGCUAGUUGCAGUACUUUCUGAGAGCAUAAAGAAAGAUCGUGAGAAAAGUGAUCCCAGUCACUCUCCAGUUGUUAAAGUUCUGCCACCAGGAAGUUCAGAUGAAGACAUCUUUUUAGACGAGAGCCAACUCAACUCUGACGGCGUUAAUUUAUCCAUGGAUACCGAAGACAUUGCAGACAAUCAAAGCAAUCAGGAACAACCAGUGGAAGCCAAGAAGCUUAACCCAAGAGACACCUUUGUUGCCCUGAGGAAGGCAAUUGUUGUUCUCCAUGAUAUUUGUGCUGGGCAGAGCAAACAAGCUGGAAGUCUUUCUUGCAGUCUCCCUUUAACACCUUCCACAGAACUUGUGAACUCAUUGCCAAGCUCGCCGGAACAUCACCAAAGCUUUUCUGAUAGAUCUGCUCCAGUCCAGUCUGACAAAUCUCAAUCACUGCCAAGCACACCCUGCUUAGAAAGAAACAUAACCGAUUUGCCACAUGUUCUGGAAGACUUCAAAGAAGAUAGCAAUUCAGAGUCAGGAGUAGGGGUGAUAGGUGUUGAAAGUGAUAAAGUAUUUGAGAAAAACAGUUCAGAAGUUUGUCAGGAGCCGUUUGAAAAGUUACAACGAGACGAUACUUUUGAGAAGUCAAUGCAUGAUGAGACUGACUCACUGAUCACUAAGGAACCAAAACAGUUGGGAGACUUUGUCCUCGAUGAAAGAACUGGCGUCUUUGUUCCAGGCAUGUCUGAUUCCGAGUCCAAAAAGGAUAAUCAGGACGAUUCCACUGGCGACAAAAUGGAUAUCGAAGACAGUCCCUCAUCAAGGAAAAAGUACCCAAUGAGGGCAACCUUCUCUCGUCUUACUCGCGUUGUCGACACACCGAAAGAAAAACAAUCAAGGCAAAGAAGGACGUCCAGUGUUAGUAUCACAUCAUCGGAGGAAACACCUUCAGAGAAUCCAGAGAAAUUACUGUCAAAGGAUGUCACAUCCCCGGAAGUCGAAAUGAGAGAAACGUUUACUGAAGAUAUGACAACACCCGAGGUAAAGAAAGGACCAGGUAGACCAAGGAAGAACAAAGUUGGUAUUACUCCAGUAUCUGCAGUUUGGAAAUCUGAAUCGAACAAAGUUGGUAUAACGCCAGUAUCUGCUGAUGGGAAAUCUGAGUUCAAACCAAUCACACCCGGUCUCAAGAGAGGACCAGGUAGACCAAGAAAGGUGCGUAGGCUGCUUACAUCUGAAUCAGGGGGUCCUGAAACAGAUAAAUCAACGCCUCCACCAUGUCAACGAAUCCUCAGGAAAAGAACCCCUCAAAGUCAGCCACAAAUGAAAAAUGUUGAGAAAUCCAGGAAAAGACCACUGGAAGAGGUUGAUUCGGCUAAUGCUGUCACAUCGUCAAAAGAUGUGAAAGUGGUUCAAAAUAAAUUGCAAGGAGAAAAGGACUCGCAACAACAUCAGGAAUCAGACAAAACCUCUGAGACUCAACUUAAAACAACCGAAUUAGAAACCCAAUCUGCCUCUGCAGAUGCCAUAAAGCCUGCCCGACGCUGGCCACUCAAGCGAGUCAUGGGAGACUUUGUGUCAAACAAGGAGUUGUUAGACCUGUGGACUGGGCUUCAACCAGACAUGGGACCCCUGAAAACAAUUAAAACAAAACCAGUAGUGAAGAAAGAUGAUUCUACCACAGGAAAUUCUCCAAAGGAAGUUAAACUUGCAGAUAGUAGGAUCAACCAAGUACCUGUCAAUGUGGAUGCAUCAAGUCAGCCUUCAAGUUCCGAUGCAUUGGAUUCAAAUGUAAACUCAAAAGACUACCUGAAGGUAAUAUUUCGCAGCCACUCAAGCUCCCAACGGGCUAAGCUUUCAACAAAUCAAAGUGCUCCCAACCACAAAGGAAAAGCUGGCGAUUGUGUCAUCACAAGCCGGAAAGUCAUCUCGGUUACAACGGAGGAGUUUACUAGACUCAAAACAGAAAUGCAGAAAUAUAAAAAGCUUGAUAAACAGAUAGCUGGAAUAGCAACAGAGGAGAGCCUUCCACCUGUUCUGGUUAAACAGCUUGAUGAAGAGAUGGUUGUCAAGUCCUCAGGGAUAACCCUUCCACCUGUUCUAGACUCUCAGCCUGGUGAACAGAUCUCAAGGAAGCCAUCGAAGGAAACCCCCUCAAUUUAA